AUGAUGAUGCAACAUUCCCAAACACAGGACCCAAACUCGCUUGAAUUCAAGAUUUUGAGAUCCACCGGAAACUGGGAGAAGCAGGUGGGUUUACCUAGAAACACUAAAGUUGAAUACGGCAUCAUCGGCAGCUUCCAAAGCGGAGUAUAA